GCCGCAACGUUUGUGGUUUAACUUCCACAAACAACGAUUCUUUCUACCAGACUUCAUCACACGUCCUCAAUGAGCUACGCGACAUUUUAUCUGUAAAUAUUAAAUGCUCUUAAAACAUACAUUGACGCUUUUAUUCUGAAACAUUUGGCCGAAGGGUUCCAGGUAGGAGUUAAAGUCCAGCUGAAGCUCGUGAAUACGGAGAGCGUGGACGGCGCUUCACUGACAGUUUAAUCCUGAAGCUCCACGACGUGAACGGAGUGAAGUUCGGAGAACAAAAGCUGAAGAGCGGCCUGCUGGCUCCCAUUUAUAUCGACCUGAGGGCGCUCGUGUCCCACCCCGCGCUCAUGAACCAGGUUGUGAGUCUCAUCUACGAGCGAGUGCAAGAAGAGGGGCUGAAGGUGACGGAUGCAGUGGUCCUAAUGGACAGAGAGCAAGGUGGUGUGGAGAUGUUGGCUUCAAAGGGAAUCAAGCUCCAUCCCAUCAUCUCCAUAUCUCAGCUGCUCCGUGUGCUGCAGGCAGCCGAACGCAUCGACGCCCAAACCGCCCAGAGUGUCCACAAGUUCAUCCAGGACAACAACACUUUCAGCCCCAAGAAUGGCAGCGACUCUCCUGCCAGUAAGAAGCUGGAGCUCAGUUAUUCAGACAGAGCCGAGUUACCAAACUUUCACCCUCUAGCAUCAAAGCUGCUGAAGAUUAUGGAGGAGAAGCAGUCCAACCUUUGUGUGUCUGCUGAUGUAACCAACAGCGAGGAGCUGCUGCAGCUGGCCGAGUCGCUCGGUCCAAAGAUCUGCAUGCUGAAGACUCAUGUAGACAUCCUGGAGGACUACACAUCAGCCUUCAUUCAGAAAGUGCAAGCCUUAGCAGAGAAACACGACUUCCUCAUCUUUGAAGAUCGCAAGUUUGCUGACAUCAGGAACACAGUCAAGCAUCAGUAUGAGGGUGGUUUGUACCAGAUUUCCUCCUGGUCCCACAUAGUAAACGCCCACGCAGUGCCGGGGCCGGGAGUGGUGAAAGGUCUGAGCGCUGUAGGAAAGCCUCUGGGCCGAGGCUGUUUGCUCAUAGGUCAGAUGAGCUCCCAGGAUCACUGGCUGCUGGUGAAUACACAAAGGCUGCGAGGAGCACUCGGACUUUGUGAUGGGGUUUAUCUGUGGCUCCAAGCUCACAGAGAGGCCAGAGUUCAUCCACAUGACCCCCGGGGUGCAGAUGCAGGCUGGAGGUGAUCAUCACAGAAUCUGGAAGCCAACCAGACUCCCACCCUAUUCAGUGGAACGCCCACUCGUCUGCACACAUCACCCAGUACAUCCUUAAAUGG